ACUAAAGAACUCUGUCCUACAUCACAAGUCUUCAUAGGAUGAUUGCCCGCGGUCAGUAAAUCGGUUAAGUAGUUCAAUGGUCAAGGUCACAGAGACGUUAGACCGAAAAUUAUUUACGAUCAAUAUAUUUAGAGCACACCCAAGUCAAGAGUGGUGUUAUAGCCUGUGGUAAGUAGAUAAGUAGGCAGUGGCACUUAAAAUACACUUCAAGUAGGCACUACCUAUUUUAGAUAUAUGUGUAGUUAACUGCACCAAAGUGCAGUUAAAAUAUCAGUUUCUGAAAAAGAGUUUUUCGAGCUGAAAAAAAACAACAUGACCCCUGGGAAAAUGGAGACAACUCCGCAAAGACUUUAUUUAUAGGCUUAGGUUACUAUUGACCUAGUACCACCUGCAAACCAUGCACUUUUUACCUCUAGACAUUAAAAAAUCAUGCAUAAUUAUUACAAGGAUUAGCAGUCUGAAAAGAAAACUAAUCAAAUCAAAUUAUUUAAUGCCCUUGGGAGAGUGUGACAUUUUUCGUGGUGAUUUUUUUCAACAAACACGUUUUUUUUUAAAGUCAAAACCCUCCGAAUUUCACAAUGUAAAAUAUGUUGAAAAAAAUAUUGCCGGAAAGAGAACAAUCUCUGCCAUCAAAGUGUUGGAAAAAUAUCUAGAAAAUCAAUGAAAUCAAUAUCAGGACUGUUAAAUGUAUGACUGCGUUAUCCUGUAUAGCAUUCAACAUAGACAGCUUACUUUUCCAUUGCACUGAUAUAACAUAGACAUGACGGAGUUCACUCAAUAAUUUCACUCUAUAAACAGAUUGUUUCCCUUGUGUAAAGAGCUCUAAGCUAAGGCUCCUGGAAAUGGUUUCGAUUCAAUGACUUUAGAAUGCUUUGGCUUAGGACUAGCAAACCUAGGAGGAUGCCUGUAAUCAGAAGAUGACCCAUUUUGCUUUGGGGGUCAAAGGUUAAGGUCACUGUGAUUUUCAGAUUGAACAUUAUCUCCAUCAAUAACUGGGGAAAGCACUGGCUUACAGAUAUCAAAUUUCAUAUGAUGAUCGUAUUUAGUAAGUAGAUCAUAGAUGACCCUUGUUUAGGGGGUCAACAAGCCAAACUUAAAGGUAGCAGAAUACAAAAUUAUAUAACCAAUUGUCUUUGAGAGACCGUUAUUGGAGUUGGCGGAGGGUAAUGUUCUCUUUGUUCUUCUGUUUUGCUUGUUUUGGUGCCGUUACGUUGGAGCGAUUUUUUGAAUGACGUCAAAUUGUGCCGCACCGUGCAAUCUUCCGGAAAGGAGUCCAUUCAUACUAUAGUAUCAUUACAGCAAUGUUAUUUAUACGAAAAUCACUUGCCCCUCAUCGAUGUGGGUUCGAGCCUCACUCGGGGCGUUGAAUUCUUCAUGUGAGGAAGCCAUCCAGCUGGCUUACGGAAGGUCGGUGGUUCUACCCAGGUGCCCGCUCGUGAUGAAAUAAUGCACGGAGGGGCACCUGGGGUCUUCCUCCACCAUUAAAGCUGGAAAGUCGCCAUAUGACCUAUCAUGUGUCGGUGCGACGUUAAAUCCAACAAAAAAAAAAAAAAAAAAAAAAAAAAAACGAAAAAAUAUUAUUGUUUCUAUACAACCUAGUUCCAUUUGACAAAUAAAGAGAAAUCGUUUACUCAAGUUGAUGAGUAAUAAUUCGACGACUAUCUCGCACCUCCAUGACGUCUGUUAAAGCGAUCUUGUGCCCGUGUUUCAUAUAUGAAAAAAGAACAGUUAUUACAUAGAAUCUAUGUAAACAUGAAAUACAUAUAUUGUGCGUAUGAAACUGUACUAUGUGUUACGUUAACUAGCUACUGUAUAAAUUUGUAUUACCAUUAAAACUGGCAGCUUUCAAAAAAUAAAUGAAGUUAACUCUAUGAUAUCACUGCUUAAAUUCAUACACGGUUAGUUUUAUAUAUGAUUGGCUAAGUUUGAUGAAUUUGAUGACGAUUUUCUAUAUCUAUAAUGAUUAAAUAAUUUAGUGAAAGAUACUAGUAUAUCUUUAACUACCAUUAAAUCCGGAAGUAAAACAAAAGUGAGCUGCGCACGCGAAGUUAUCAAUAUAUUUAUCUCGUGACAUAAAUACGCACCAGUAAACAGAAAUUUAAUUUUCUCUCGCGUCAUUUUAGGAAAAUUGAUACAUAAAUCAGUGUUGUACAACACUGUUGAUGGAAAGAUAACGAAAUAGGGUCGAGUAUGGAGUCACAAAUUCUUGCCGAGUUGAAGUCAUUGUCGGACAAAGUGACCAGAAUACAGAACGAAAUUUCAGUCAUCUCUAAGCAGUUCUCCGAUCAUAUCCUUUCCUGCCCAGACCGUCAUCCUCAAAGUCCAAGAAGUGAGCGUUUGACACAGACAGAAUUGUCAGAAUGCGAUUCUAGAGAAGAUGAUACCGCGAUAAAAUACCACCCACUGGAACACUUGACCACCGGUCAUUCUGAUCAUCACGAAAAUAACGUGCAACAGCAACCGAACACGCAAAAACUCCAUGAAAACAGCGCUCCAUCAUCAUAUAUACGGCAGGUGGACAAACCUUCAGAUCAAGAGGAAGUUGCUCGUUUUACACACAGAAGGAGUUUCAAAGAAAACAGACAGGAAUGUUUGAGAAAGUCUCUGCAACAACACAUUGUCUUACUAGUAGACAGUCUUCCAUACUCGGAAACAGACAUUCUUGACAGGCUCAUAGAGACGGAAUGUCUUACGGAAACUGAAAGCUCCGAUCUGAGAAAUAACGGAAGUCGAAAAGACUGCGUGCGCAACUUGGUACGAAUAGUUAAAGGAAGGUCAUACAAAGUCUUAAAAACGUUCGUAGAAUGCGUGAAAACGUUGCAUCCUGAAGUUGCUGCGUCCAUUUGGCAGGUGUACGAGAAAUUGGUUAAAGACAAGAAAAAUUACAGCUGGCGAUGCACAUUUUGUGAGUUGAAACGGUCUGUCGAUAUAAAGUUAGUAGCAGAUCAUAUGUGGAGUGUUGGCGCCAUUUCUGAUGAACUUUACGAUGAAAUAGUCUCCGGAAACAAGAGUUUAGAGGCAUUAUGGACAUUUCUCGCAGAUGAAUGCAAUAAAGCAGACACUUCAUAUCGACAAAAUGCCUUGAAAAAACUAAGAGAAACCUUGAUGAACAAGGGUCAGUAUCGAGAACUAGUGCUGAAACUAAGCAAAGUGUCUACUUUGAAAUGUACAUGCGUAACGAAGGAUGUGAACGCAAACAGUUCCACCCAAACCGAAGGCCAGUUAACACUCAACAUUGUCGUCACUGAUGUCGACGAUAUUUCUACUGUCUCACCAAUGAGUACUUCCACAAGCUCUCGGAGUUUUGUCGAUGAAAACGAGGUUUCUGACGACAGUUUUCCCGCCAACAAACACGAGAACUUAUUCCUGUCUCCACGGACAGCAUAUAGAGACAAAGGGCUAUACGAUUCUGGCUUUGGGAUAAGGAAAGCUAUACCAUACACCGCAAACGCCAUAGCAGUGGAAUUUCGAACGUCACGGUCGAACAGUUUCGGAAAAAAUACUAACCAAAGAGGACAUCUGCAAGCGCUCACAAGACGCAGGGCAUCAAUGUUCAUGUGAUUUCAAACAAUGCAGUGCUUUGUACGCUAUAUCUAUAUUCAUUAUGUCUCCCCAGAAUGUAAAGGACAAACUGCUUUUGGUCAGGUCGUAUCGUGUCUGCUCCAUUUCUUUUCUCCCUCGAAAGGAUUUCAAAUAACUUGGCACAAAUGGUAAUGCGACGACGUGCAGAAUGCAACAUUUGGCCAUGUCAGUGCAAGAUCGACUUCGCACGAUAAGAACAAAAGAAAAUAGACAAUACUUCUUGUUCGCUUCAUAACUUUUCACCAACAGAAUAUUUUACCACAAAAGUGAACAACAAUGAGAAGUUAUGCAGAACGCAACUUUCGGCGUUAUAUGGAGAAUUCAAAGGUCAAACAGGCAGUACGUUCGUUCCAUAUCUUGUUGGAACAGUUUUAUUUUACUGUGCACAGAUGUUCUUCCACAAUACGAUGGCAAACAGAAUCCAACUUCUGGCAGUUCCGGAAAUAUGCCAGUAUCAAACACGAACUUAUAGAUUGAACAAAGACAGAAUUUACCCUAAUCACUAGUACGUACGUGUCUCAAGGCGAGAUCUCAUAUAUGGCAAGUUUUUGAAUUUUCCUACAGCAACUACUAUUUUUGUGACCAGUAACAAACCUUCAUUAUUCUAGUAACAGAAAGUCACAAAAACUGCAUCUAUCUGAAAUUUAUAGAUUUUUGACUGAACAUGUGAUUUUAUUUUCUUAGUAACAUAGGUAACAAAAGGUAACAUCCCUAUAUAACUCUAGUAACAAAAAAGUCACACUCAGUCACAUAACGAAAUUUAUUGAUUUUUGACAAAACCUCUGGUUCUAUUUUCUUAGUAACAUAGGUAACAAAAGGUAACAUCCCUAUAUAACUCUAGUAACAAAAAAGUCACACUCAGUCACAUAACGAAAUUUAUUGAUUUUUGACAAAACCUCUGAUUCUAUUUUCUUAGUAACAUAGGUAACAAAAGGUUACAUCCCUAUAUAACUCUAGUAACAAAAAAAGUCACACACAGUCACAUACUGAAAUUUAAUGAUUUUUGACAAAACCUCUGGUUCCAUUUUCUUAGUAACAUAGGUAACAAACGGUAACAUCCCUAUAUAACUCUAGUAACAAAAAAGUCACAUACUGAAAUUUAAUGAUUUUUGACAAAACCUCUGGUUCUAUUUUCUUAGUAACAUAGGUAACAAAAGGUAACAUCCCUAUAUAACUCUAGUAACAAAAAAGUCACACACAGUCACAUACUGAAAUUUAUUGAUUUUUGACACAACCUCUGGUUCUAUUUUCUAUUUUUAUAUUAACAAAUAUACAACUACUUGUAGACAAACUCAGAUUUGAGCCAUAUCUACGAGAUCUUGUGAUCACCUUCGUCCAUUGCAAGCGCCAUCCCUUCAUAUAUCUUAGGACGUGAUCAAACAGGAGAUUUUAGACAUAUACAGGUUAUGUAUCGUUUCUAGUUAUUUCAUUUUGUCUAUCUGUCUACAUGUAUCUCUUAAGUAAUAUUAAACAUACCUUUUUGUGA